AUCUUCCAGGAGCAGGGCCCCUAAACCCAUCCCGCUCAGGCCAGACCCGGGCUUUCCCCUGGCUCCCGCUCCUCCAUCCUCUCCGUUAGUGGGUGGGAAAAGAUGUUGCCAUAGGUCGCUGAGGCCACCAUCCGUUCUCUUACUGGCCGAGGCCGAAAACAGAUCGCCUUCCCAUUCGCUAGAGGGCAAACCCCGAGAAAGCCCAUUGGCUGCGUCUCCCGCAGCCCUUCGUCCGCUUUGAAGGCGGGCUGAGGCCGCGAGGGGAGGGGGCGGGCAAGGGGCUCGCUGUUGCCCUGGUUACGUGGAGGCACGUGUGCAGUCCCGGAAGCGCCUCGGGGAAGCUGCUCGGCGCGCGCGGCCGGAGGAAGCGCCGCCUGGUCCGCUCGGGUCGGGGCCGGCUGGGCCAUGGAGUGGCUGCCUGAGCCCGCGCCCCGCUGUCUUCUGCAUCUCCCCUUGCUGCUGAUGCUGCUGCUACUGCCGGCGCCGGAGCUGGGCCCGAGCCAGGCCCGAGCCGAGGAGAACGACUGGGUUCGACUGCCCAGCAAAUGCGAAGUGUGUAAAUAUGUCGCUGUGGAGCUGAAGUCAGCUUUUGAGGAAACCGGCAAGACCAAGGAGGUGAUCGGCACAGGCUAUGGCAUCCUGGACCAGAAGGCGUCUGGAGUCAAAUACACCAAGUCGGACUUACGGUUAAUUGAAGUCACUGAGACCAUUUGCAAGAGGCUCCUGGACUACAGCCUGCACAAGGAGAGGACCGGCAGCAACCGAUUUGCCAAGGGCAUGUCAGAGACCUUUGAGACGCUACACAACCUGGUACACAAAGGGGUCAAGGUGGUGAUGGACAUCCCUUAUGAGCUGUGGAACGAGACUUCUGCAGAGGUGGCUGACCUCAAGAAGCAGUGUGACGUGCUGGUGGAAGAGUUUGAGGAGGUGAUCGAGGACUGGUACAGGAACCACCAGGAGGAGGACCUGACGGAAUUCCUCUGCGCCAACCACGUGCUCAAGGGAAAGGACACCAGCUGCCUGGCAGAGCAGUGGUCCGGCAAGAAGGGAGACACAGCUGCCCUCGGAGGGAAGAAGUCCAAGAAGAAGAGCGGCAGGGCCAAGGCGUCGGGCAGCAGGAGCAGCAGCAGCAAACAAAGGAAGGAGCUGGGUGGCCUUGAGGAAGACCCGAGCCCGGAGGAGGAUGAGGGCAUUCAGAAGGCAUCCCCCCUCACACACAGCCCCCCUGAUGAGCUCUGAGCCUAAUCCAGUGUCCCCUGUACCGAGACCCUUGACUUUGAAGCUGAAGCAUCUGGGGCAUGGUUCUAGCGGGCAAACAUGGCUCUGCCACCUUCA